AGUACCUAGAACUUUAAAACUUCCAACACUACUAGGUAUUAUUAUGAUCACAUAGAACAAAAAGGGGGAAGGUGGAUGGUAACAUUUGAACCUACAGAGACACAUGCAACUUUGAAGUAACAUUGAAGGUAUUGUGUAUUGUACAAUAAUAAUAGGUACAAUCAUACAAUUGCGGUUUGUGUCUUUAACGCGCACCCCUCGUCUUACAAUACAUACGCAAUUAUCAAUCAUUACCAAAACAAAGCCUCCCCAAGUUCAUCGUCAUACUCAUCAUCAUCUUUAACCUCACGUAACACCCCUCUCUAAAUUUACAAACCCCAAACCCCACACCUCCCCCUCCCCCACCCUCAAUUCCCACCACCACCACCACCACCACAGCCAUGUCGCCCCCCCUCCGCAUAACCAGCCUCGGCUCCUCCUUCGCCGCCGGCCCCAGCAUCCCCCCCUGCGUCAACGAGCCCGCCGGCCGCUCCGGCGCCAACUUCGCCUGUCUCCUCUCCCAGCGCCUCGGCGCAACCCUAACCGACCUAACCGUCGCCGGCGCCACGCUACCAAACCUGACCACCGACGCGCAGGAGCGCGGCGGCUGCGUGUUCCCGCCACAGAUCGAGGGGCUCCCCGCUGACGCGGACGUGGUCCUCGUGCUGGGCGGCGGCAACGACAUCGGGUACAUCGGCGGCCUAUUCGAAGACACGCUGGCUGCGUCCUGGCUCGACGCUUUGUUCGGCUCCGUGCUCGCCUACGUGCGCGGCGAAGGCGGCGCGCCCCUCGCCACGACCACCCUCGACGUCGCGGGUCUCGCCGCGCGGUACGCCGGCGUGCUCGACGAGAUCCACGCCAAGGCCCCGCGCGCGCACGUCCUCGUCGUCGAGUACCUGACCAUGCUAGGCCCAGACACGCGGCCAGGACAAGACGUGUCCUUCGGCGCGGACCGCGUGGCGCACCACAAGUCCGUGUGCGCCACCUUGCUCGACGCCACCAGCCGGGCCGUCGAGGGCCGCGACCAGUGGUGCCACCUCGUGUCUGUGGGCAAGCCGAGCGAGGCCCACGCCAUCGGCUCCCCGGACCCCUGGGUCUCCGGCUUCACCUGGAAGCUGUUCUACUCCGGCGGCGCCUACCACCCCUGCGCCGAGGGGAUGCGCGCUGUUGCCAAGAUCAUCUACGAUAGGAUGGUUGAGUUGGGGAUCGUGGAGGAUGGCGAGUUGUGAAUGAUUCUGAUUUGUUUGAUGAAAAUGGUGGGAAGACAAGACGCCUGUCGAGCUUAGGUACUCAGUAACCCCAUGUACCUACUGUGUUUGAAGCUGAAUGACGAGCUUAGGUAUGAAAAGAAGGGUGUAGCUAUAUGAUAUCACGAUUUUCGACCUGACGUUUUUUUUUUCUUUUUUUUUUCCUCUUUUUUUUACUUACUGGAGUUAGGGGAUAUGUAAUUCGCACACUAUAAGUAUUAUAUUACUCCAGGUUGACAUGAGGAUUUACAGCUGAAUUUCAUUGCAAGUCCAGCGUAGGUAUCUAGUAACAGGCAAGAUCAUUCAAGCUACAAAUCCAACUAUAAGUCAAGCAGAAUGAACAGUGUUUACAAAAGCAUAGCAUACAUUCUAUCACACGCAUACAUACGAUAAUGGUAACUGAAUAUUCAUCAAUUGAAAAUGGCUCAACUCCG